AUGCCGGCAGACCGCCUCCUCAACACAGUGUUGCAACUGUACCGGAACGUUCACGACGACCACAAGACGAAUCAGAUAGUCGGAUCGACUACAAACCUCCUCACCACGCUCUCCAAUCCGCUGAACCUCGGCGUUCUCACAUCGCAACUCCUCAUCGCACCCGCGAUAUGGCACCGACGGGAUGGACUCCGGACGAGCCUCCGCAUCAUCAGCAUCUACAACACCGCGGCCCUCCGCGUUCGCGACCACGAGCUCGACCCCACCACGCAUCAGGGCCAGAGACAGAGCGGCGGACUCACGUCCGAGGUGUGGGCGAGGGCCGUCGCAAAGGGUGCUGAUGACCGCUCGCACAGAUGGCAGCAUCUCCUGGUCCUGACUGGUGUGCUCAUGGGCAUGGAAGGUAAUGACCGGCGGUCCUUGUCGAAUGGCUUGCGCAGCACACUUGAGCAGGCUGUAGUCACUGCGGCGAACCUGGCAAUGGAGACGGCGACAACUGAAGGGCCGAUGGCCACAGGUUCAAUUGUUCUAGCGCUGAACUACGCGUUCCCACUCUUGUCGGAAACCCACAGGAGCCUGAUCAACUACGAUGCGCUUCUGCCACUUGCCGUGCAGGCGAUGGUUGCCGAGGAGGGGUUCGAGAACGGCGACUUUCUGGCUGCCAUCAAUAACGAUAUCCAGGAUGUUGGCCCCCAAAUCCAUUGGGCGCCAACUUCUCCCUCGUAUGCCAUGCUGCAGGCUCUCGAGUCGAAACCGAUCAUGGCGGGCAUGGGCCCGCUGUCGAGACUGGCUGCCUUUGCCGUGGAACAAGCGACGAACCCAGCCGUUGUUCUGGCUGCACACACGGCGCUGAUGGACUUCAGUAGUCGCGUCAGACACCAAUGGCAAGCCACGCGGCUGUCGAGUAUUGACUCUCUCGACGAGUCGAUGCGUUAUACUACCGAGGCUUCGCAAGUCACCGCGCCGGCCCUGUGGCAGACUUUUAAAAAGAUGCUCUACGCAACGGUAACGACGUUGCAAGCCAUUGUGGCGCGGAGCCUGCUGGAUCCAUCUCUGAGGAGCCGAGAGGUUGCUCCGGAACUGGCCACCAGAACACUGCGAACGCUACGCGAUCUGUUCUUCAUUGGCUCCAGGGACAACAACAGCUCGUUCCAGGUGUACUCUUUUACCUACCUCACAUCUCUUGACAACCUGGUCAGAUAUCCUGAGGCUGCGGUUGCCUUCCUGGCGGGCAUCAAGCCCACCAGUCCCAAUGCCGUACGGAGCCACUCACUGUAUCACCCAGUGCACCGAUCUCUCGACCUCUUCUACCUCAACGUUGCCGAGCAUCUGCCUCUGAAUAUCCCCACCGAGGCCUGCGACGAGCUCAUCGUCCAGCCCGCAACUACCUACCUCACGCACACUGGCCCGCCGACAUCGCUAUCUCUGGAGAUCUUCGAGUCGGCCCACAGCGCCAUCCUGUCCGCGCUCGCCUGCCCUCACAACGGCCCAAUGACCGUCAAGGUUGUGCCGUUUUACGUAGACACCCUCUUCGCCUCGUUCCCCUCUCACAUCUCCACCCGGCAGUUCCGCGUUGCCUUUAAGACAAUCAUGCAAAUCGAGUGGAUGACCGUCACAGCCAGGACCAUGGCCGAGGUUGCCGACCCCGCCAUGCGCAAGCUCGUGCGCGAGCGCUUCGUCGAGGUCCUCGUCAGCGGAGAGUUGGAUGUUGAGCGGGCGGCGAUUGGCGUCGCGUGGUGGGGGACCAAGGGAGGCAGGGAGCUGGUCAUUGGGAGGAGCGCGCCGCCGGCCAUGAUGAGCGGUGCGCUCGUGGAGGAGGAGAGGGCGAGCAAGCUGUAG